AAUAUAACCUAUAAUAUACUUAUGUUCUUCUCGAACCGAAGUCUCUACGAGUUUCGUCCAUUCAGUUUCUUUUGCGAUUAUUCGCAUUUAUAUCCUCGUUUAUCUGGUUGAUCGUUUGGUUUUUUGUCAUCAUGGCUCCAAAGAAGCCAAGCUCCAGUAAAAAGGUUGGAAAGAAAGCGAAGAUCGCCCCAGCACCUCUCGUCAGUGAGAAACCAAAAAAAGUUCUUAAACAAAAGGUUGUUAACCCUUUGUUUGAAAAAAGACCAAGGAACUUUGGAAUUGGUCAGGAUAUUCAACCCAAAAGAGACUUGAGUCGCUUUGUAAAAUGGCCAAAUUACAUUCGUAUUCAACGUCAAAAAUCUGUUCUUCAAAGAAGGCUCAAAAUUCCUCCACCAAUCAAUCAAUUCUCAUAUGCCGCAGACAAAGCUACUGUAACUCAGUUAUUUAAACUGAUGGAAAAAUACAGACCUGAAACAGCUGCUAUGAAAAAGAGGAGAUUGCAGAAAAGAGCUGAAGAUAAAAUAGAAGCAAAGGAAGAUACACCAACAAAGCGUCCAAAUGUUAUUCGUCAAGGAAUCAAUACAGUUGUAAACCUUGUCGAACAAAAAAAAGCGCAAUUAGUUAUCAUUGCUCAUGAUGUGGAUCCUUUGGAGUUAGUAAUAUAUCUACCAGCAUUAUGCCGCAAAAUGGGAGUCCCUUACUGCAUCAUUAAGGGCAAAUGGAGAUUGGGAAACCUUGUUCGUCGUAAGAACUGUACUGCUCUGGCUAUUACCCAAGUUGAUACAGGUGACCGGGCUACUCUAGCCAAACUGGUGGAAUCUAUUAAGAACAACUUUAACGAACGAUUUGAUGAAUUCAAACGUCAUUGGGGUGGUGGUGUUUUGGGUGCUAAAUCUGCUUGUCGUCUCGCCAAAAUCGAAAAAGCGAAAGAAAAGGAACUGGCGCAAAAACAAUAAGAUUUAUGUAAAUGACAUUCACCUAAUAAAACAUGAAAAAAUUGA